AUGAACUGCAACGGCUAUGAUUCUUAUGGCUCGAAUAGCCAAUCCAUCGGCCAAUACUAUGGUCAAUAUAAUUUUACCCAUCAAGGUGGGCCUAACAACCAAUAUGGCUCAAGUAGUCAGUUUGGUGGCCAAUAUGGUGGGCACAACUAUGUUGGAGGAUUUGGUGACCAAUAUAGUGGGCACAACUAUAUUAGCGGAUAUGAUCUUAUGAACCAAAAUGGUUCGAAUGAUCAAAAUGGCUUUGGUGGCCAAACCAAUCAGGGUGGCUAUAGCGGCCAAUACGAUUCUACAUAUCAAUAUGGCUAUGGUAGCCAAUUCAAUGGCCAACAUGGCAGAAACAACAAUCAUGGCCAAAAUGAUGUGAUAUAUCACAAUUAUGCGAAUGGCCAACAUAGCUAUAAUGGCCAAUACAAUCAAGUGGCCGAAGGACAAUACACUUACCCAGAUGCCCAAAAUAAUCCGUCUAAUAUCUAUGAUCAGCCUAGUUAUGGCUCCCACCAAACGAGUCAUCCUAAUGGCUAUAAUGGCUAA